UUGUAGGCAGAGCGUGAGACAAAGCUCGACCUCGGCCGGAAGACGACGACGACGAAGAGCAGCAGCCGAUGCGGGAACAGACACACACAUCAUAAUCAUGUUCAGGACUUCAGCUGCAAAGACCAGCCUCGCCCGAGCCUUCUCUACCUCGCGUUACAACGCAUCCAAGGUUGCCGUGCUCGGUGCCGGCGGUGGUAUCGGACAGCCUCUCUCUCUCCUGCUCAAGACAAACCCCCUCGUCACGGACUUGACCCUCUACGAUAUCCGUGGUGCACCCGGCGUCGCUGCCGAUGUCGGUCACAUCAACACUUCCUCCAAUGCUACAGGCUACGGUGCCGAGAAUGACGGUCUCAAGAAGACCCUGGCUGGUGCCAAGAUUGUUGUCAUCCCUGCCGGUGUCCCCAGGAAGCCUGGAAUGACCCGUGAUGAUUUGUUCAACACCAAUGCUUCCAUUGUCCGCGAUUUGGCCAAGGCUUGUGCUGAGCACUGCCCAGAUGCACACAUGCUCAUCAUUGCCAACCCCGUUAACUCUACCGUCCCUAUUGUCAAGGAGGUGUACAAGAAGGCCGGUGUGUACGACGCCAAGAAGCUCUUCGGUGUCACCACGCUCGAUGUUGUGCGUGCAUCCAAGUUCAUUGGCGAUAUUGAAGGAACCGCCCCCGAGACUACCGAGGUGCCCGUGCUCGGUGGACACUCUGGUGUCACCAUUGUGCCACUUCUCUCUCAGGCUGGCUGCAACUUGACUGGCGCUGAGCGUGAUGCCGUUGUCAAGCGUAUCCAAUUUGGUGGUGAUGAGGUGGUUAAGGCCAAGGAUGGUUCGGGUUCUGCUACCCUUUCUAUGGCCUUUGCCGGAGCACGAUUCACCAACUCACUCUUGCGUGCUGCUCAGGGUGAGUCCGGUGUUGUUGAGUGCACAUUUGUUGAAUCGCCAUUGUUCGCUUCCCAAGGGUGUGACUUCUUCUCCUCCAAGGUCGAGCUUGGCCCAGAGGGUGUCAAGAAGAUUCACGAUGUUGGCAAGAUCAACGAGUACGAGCAAGGCCUGCUCGAUGCAUGUGUCAGGGACCUCGCUGGUAACAUCAAGAAGGGUGUGCAGUUUGUUGCUCAAUCCGCAUAGAUCCACAGCCUCUAGUGUUGUCCUCAUAAAAAGUUCAUCUCCGACUCACUUGUCUGCUGCUGCAUCAUUAUUCUGCUAAGCUCGUGCAAGGUCCGUAGGGUUCUGAUGAUCUAAUGCUUCGUGUUACAUCGAGAAGAGCGAUUGCUUGAUGCAUACAUAGACAGUGCUAGUGGAGACCUUGCUGUACAGGCCGCUACUAAGAGAUGCAUAUGGUGAAUCGUGAGGGCCGUCUAUGAGCAGCCUGGGCAUAG